AUGGCUGGGGUCCCUGAGCCACCCCGGGCCCCCGGGGAUGCCACGCUGGCCUUCGUCUUCGAUGUCACCGGCUCCAUGUGGGACGACCUGCUGCAGGUGAUCGACGGCGCCUCCCGCAUCCUGGAGCGUAGCCUGAGCGUGCGCACCCGCGUCGCCAACUACGCGCUGGUGCCCUUCCACGACCCAGAUAUUGGCCCAGUGACCCUCACGGCAGACCCAGCGGUAUUUCAGAAGGAGCUGAGAGAACUCUACGUACAGGGAGGUGGAGACUGCCCGGAGAUGAGUGUGGGGGCCAUCAAGGCCGCCGUGGAGGUGGCCAACCCAGGCUCCUUCAUCUACGUCUUCUCCGACGCCCGUGCCAAGGAUUACCACCGGAAGGAGGAGGUGCUGCAGCUCCUGCAGCUCAAACAGUCGCAGGUGGUCUUUGUGCUCACGGGGGACUGUGGGGACCGCACUCAUCCCGGCUACCUGGCCUUCGAGGAGAUCGCUGCCACCAGCUCCGGGCAGGUGUUCCACCUGGACAAGCAGCAAGUGUCUGAGGUGCUGAAGUGGGUGGAGUCAGCGAUCCAGACUUCGAAGGUGCACCUGCUGUCCACAGACCAUGAGGAGGAGGGCGAGCACACGUGGAGGAUCCCCUUUGACCCCAGUCUGAAGGAGGUCACCAUCUCCUUGAGUGGGCCGGGGCCCGAGAUCGAAGUCCGAGAUCCACUGGGAAGGAUCCUGCAGAAGGACGAGGGUCUCAACGUGCUCCUUAACAUCCCCGACUCGGCCAAGGUGGUGGCUUUUAAGCCUGAGCACCCUGGGCUAUGGUCCAUCAAGGUCUAUAGCAGUGGCCGCCACUCGGUGAGGAUCACAGGUAUCAGUGACAUUGACUUCCGCGCUGGCUUCUCCACUCAGCCCUCUCUGGACCUCAACCACACCAUCGAGUGGCCCUUGCAAGGGGUGCCCAUCUCGCUGGUGAUAAACUCCACGGGUCUGCAGGCUCCUGGCCACCUGGACUCAGUGGAACUUUCCCACGGCUCAGGACGGAGCCUCCUAACUCUGCCCACGCAGCUGCUCUCCAACGAAUCCACCCAUCAGCUGUGGAGCGGGCCACCCUUCCAAGCCCCCCGGGAGCGCUUCUACCUCAAGGUGAAGGGCGAGGACCAUGAGGGAAAUCCCCUCCUUCGUGUCUCUGGAGUUGCUUACAGCGGGGUGGCCCCAGGUGCCCCGCUGGUCAGCAUGGCCCCCCAGAUCCACGGCUACCUGCAGCAGCCCCUGCUGGUUUCCUGCUCCGUGCACAGCGCCCUCCCCUUCAGACUGCAGCUGUGGCGAGAUGGAGCCAAGCUGGGCGAGGAGAGGCACUUCCAGGAGUCAGGAAACAGCAGCUGGGAGAUCCCCCGGGCCUCCAAGGCCGAGGAGGGGGCCUAUGAGUGCACUGCGGUCAGCCGGGCUGGGACUGGACGAGCACAGGCCCAAAUUGUCGUCACAGAUCCCCCACCGCAGCUGGUUCCUGCCCCCAAGGUGACCGUGUCCCCAGGGGAGACUGCCAUCCUGUCCUGCCAGGUCCUCAGUAGGGCUCCCUACAACCUGACUUGGAUUCGGGACUGGCGGGUCCUGCCAGCCUCAGAGGGCCGAAUCACCCAGCUGGCUGACCUGUCCCUGGAGGUCAGUGACGUGAUCCCCGCGGAUGGCGGGCAGUACCAGUGCAUGGCCAGCAACGUCAAUGGGGUCGCGAGAGCAUCCGUCUGGCUCCUGGUUCGAGAGGCCCCCCAGGUCAGCAUCCACACCAGGUCGCAGGGCUUCUCCCAGGGUGGAGAGGUGAGAGUCAGCUGCUCAGCCUCCGGGAACCCCGCACCCCACAUCUCUUGGAGCCGAGAGGGCCGUGUUCUGCGAGAAGACAGCAGAGUCCUUGUGGACGCCCAAGGGACGCUGAUCAUUCAGGGAGCAGCCCCAGAAGAUGCUGGGAAUUACAGCUGCCAGGCUGCCAACAAGGUCGGCACUGACAAGAAGACUGUCACUCUGUACUACACAGACCCACCUUCAGUCUCUGCUGUCAAUGCUGUGGUUCUGGCUGCCGUCGGGGACGAGGCUGUGCUGGUGUGUGACGUGUCUGGGGUGCCCCCACCCCGGGUCAUCUGGUACCGAGGGGGUCUUGAAAUGAUCCUGGCCCCGGAGGGCUUUGGCUCUGGGACACUGCGCAUCCGGGAGGUUCAGGAACGGGAUGGAGGCAUCUACACCUGCCGCGCGGUCAACCAGCUGGGCGACGCCUCUGCGCAAAUCCGGCUGGAGGUUGGAGAUGCUCCUCGGCUGAUGGGGCUGCCGCGGGAUGUCACCGUGGACCUGGGGAGAAGUGCCCUCCUGGUGUGCCGGGCCACCGGCCGCCCGCCUCCUACAGUCACCUGGCGCCGCAGAGAUGGCCAGCCACUGGGACCCGGCAGCCAGACCCGGCAGCCAGACACAGGGGCGCUGUUCUUUAACAGUGUGGCCCCAGAAGACCAAGCUCUGUAUGUCUGUGAAGCUCGCAAUGUCUUCGGGAAGGUGCAGGCGGAGGCGCGGCUCACUGUCAUCGGUCAUGCUGCCCCGCAGAUCGCCAGCAGUGCCUCCACAGUCCGCGUCUUGGAGGGGCAGCCUGUCUCCCUGCCCUGCAUCAUCCUGGAGGGGAGGCCACUCCCAGAGAGGCGUUGGCUGAAGGCCGGCUUGCCCCUCCCACCUGGCAGCCAGCACACUGUCCGAGCAGACGGCAGCCUCCACCUAGCCCGAGCCCUACAGGAGGAUGCCGGGAAGUACCGCUGUGUGGUCACCAACACCGCUGGCUCUCAGCAGCGGGACGUGGAGCUGGUGGUCCAGGUGCCACCCAGAAUCCAGACCACAGCCACCCACCAUGUCACCAAUGAAGGCAUUCCAGCCUCUCUUCCCUGCGUGGCCUUGGGAGUCCCCACCCCAACCAUUACCUGGACCCAGGAAACCAAUACCUUGACCUCCCUGGGUCCCCGCUACAACGUGAGUCAGGAUGGCACUCUGGUCAUCGCCCGGCCAUCUGCCCGGGAUGCAGGGGCCUAUGUCUGCACGGCCACCAACCCUGUGGGCUUCUCCAGCCAGGAGAUGUGGCUGUCUGUGAACACCAAGCCCAGGAUUCAGGCGAACGGCUCACAGGAAGAAGGCCUGCCCCUGAGAGUCACAGCUAAGGCCGGUGAAGAGGUGACCCUGGACUGUGAGGCCCAAGGCUCCCCAACCCCCCUGGUCACCUGGACGAAGGACUCCCACCGCAUGCCACUUGUCCCAGACAGGCACAGUCUUCUCCCAUCAGGCUCACUCCGUCUGGCCCAGGCCCAAGUCAGCGACAGUGGCCGCUACCAGUGCACCGCCAGUAACCCCGCAGGCUUUGCCUCCCGCCGCUAUGUUCUCAGUGUGCAAGUGCCCCCUCAGGUGCAGCCAGGCCCUAGCGUGCUGAAGGUGCUGGCUGGAGAAGCCCUGGAUUUGAACUGCAUGGCCGAGGGCAAUCCGGAGCCCUGGCUGAGCUGGUCCAAGGACGGGGUGGCCCUGGGGGACCAGGCGCUCAAGGGCUCUGUCCACUUUGCCGCCGUCAAACCCUCAGACGCAGGGACGUACAGCUGUGAGGCCGCCAGCAGCGCCGGCGUGGACGCGUGGGAGCUGGAGCUCAGAGUGCUGGAGCCGCCACACUGGGGGGCUGAUGAGACCAGUGGCCUGCUGGAGCGAGUGGCCGGAGAGAAUGCCACCUUGCCGUGCCCUGUCAGAGGCACGCCAAAACCGCAGGUCGUGUGGCGGAAAGGCCUGUCUGGGGAGCCCCUGCGUGGACGGCCAGGCGUGGCAGUGCUGGAUGAAGGGGCCCUAUUCCUAGCCUCAGUUUCGCCGGCAGACAGUGGAUGCAGCUCUUGGGGCAGGGUGGGCAGGGCCAGUUCCUUUGUUUCUCCUACUCUCCCAGUGCCCCCCAGCAUCCGGGAAGACGGGCGCAAGACCAACGUGUCGGGCAUGGCUGGGCAGUCGCUGACACUGGACUGUGACGCCAAGGGCUUUCCUGCCCCCGAGAUCGAGUGGCUCAAGGAUGGACAGCUGAUCCCUGAGGCUGGCAGCCACCACCUUCCGGAUGGGGCCCGGUCCCUCCACUUCCCCAGGGUCCAGGAGAGCGAUGCUGGCCUCUACUCCUGCCGAGCCCAGAACCAGGCAGGCACCGCCCAGAAGGACUUUGAGCUCCUGGUUCUCAUCCCACCUUCUGUGCGCGGAGCUGGGCCCACCCACGAGGUGCUGGGACUGGCUGGUGGGCAGGUGGAGCUGGAGUGCCGAACGUCAGGGGUUCCCGUACCCCAGGUGGAAUGGACCAAGGACGGGCAGCCCAUUGUCUUGGGAGACCCUCACAUCCAGCUCGAGGAGGGCGGCCAGCUUCUCCGGAUCAUCAGAAGCCACCUGGGGGAUGAGGGCCGGUACCAGUGCUUGGCCUUCAGCGCAGCUGGCCAGCAGGCUAAGGACUUCCAGCUCAGAGUACACUCUCGCCCCACCAUCUGGGGCGCCAAUGAGACCAGCGAGGUGGCUGUCAUGGAGGGCCACCCGGUGCGGUUCCUCUGUGAGGCCCGGGGAGACCCUCCUCCUGACAUUACAUGGCUCAAGGAUGGGACCCCACUUCCCAUCAGCACCGAGGCCGUCUCCAGCAGGGGGGGCCGGCAGCUGCAGCUGGCAACGACCCGGGACUCAGACGCCGGUGUCUACACCUGCCAGGCCAGCAACGCUGCGGGGACAGCAGAGAAGACCACCAGGCUGGAAGUCUUUGAGUUCCCACGGGUUGACAUCCUCGGAGGUGAGAAUAUCACAGCCCCUUUCCUGCGGCCUGUGACGCUCCAGUGUGUGGGGUCUGGGAUACCUGCUCCAAGCCUCCGCUGGUGGAAGGAUGGGGUGGCCCUGGCAGCCUCGGGGGGAAACCUGAAGAUUGAGAAGGUGGACCUGAGGGACGAAGGAGUCUACACCUGCUCUGCCACCAACCAUGUGCCUCCACGCAUCACGCUGCCACCCAGCCUGCCAGGGCCCGUGCUGCUUGGCGCCCCCGUUCGGCUGACCUGCAAUGCCACUGGAGCCCCCAGUCCCACUCUGAUUUGGCUGAAGGAUGGCAAUCCCGUGUCUACUGCAGAGACUUCCGGCCUCCAGGUCUUCCCUGGUGGCCGGGUCCUCACUUUGGCCAGUGCCCGGGCCUCUGACGCCGGCAGCUACUCCUGCGUGGCCGUGAGUGCCGUGGGCGAGGAUCGCCAGGAUGUGGUCCUGCAAAUCCACGUGCCCCCGAGCAUCCUGGGAGAAGAGCUGAACGUGUCAGUAUUGGCCAACGAGUCCGUGGCCCUGGAGUGCCGGAGCCACGCCACGCCCCCUCCUGUGCUGAGCUGGUGGAAAGAUGGGGGCCCUCUGGAACCCCGACCUGGCGUCCGUCUCUCUGCAGACAAGGCCCUGCUGGAGGUGGACCGAGCGGAGGUGAGGGAUGCAGGCCACUACACCUGCGAGGCCCUGAACCGGGCGGGCCGCUCAGAGAAACACUACAACCUGGACGUCUGGGUGCCUCCAGCAUUCCCCCUGGAGCAGCCCCAGGCCCUGACUGUGACCGAGGGGCACUCUGCCCGGCUGUCCUGUGAAUGUCACGGUGUCCCCUUCCCCAAGAUCUCCUGGAGGAAGGACGGUCAUCCCUUGCCUGGGGAGGGGCCCGGCCUCGAGCAGGUGUCGGCUGUGGGGAGGCUGCUGUACCUGGGGCAGGCCCAGCCCAGCCAGGAGGGCACCUACACCUGUGAGUGCAGCAACGUGGCGGGGAACAGCAGCCAAGACCAGCAGCUGCAGGUGCAUGUUCCCCCUCAGAUCGCUGGCCCCCGGGAGUCAUACACACAGGUCUCCGUGGUCCAGGACAGGGAGACCACUCUGGAAUGCAACGCCACCGGGAACCCCCCGCCGACAGUGACAUGGGAACGGGAUGGCCGGCUGAUCGGGGCCGAGCCUGGCCUGCAGCUGCAGAACCAGGGUCAGAGCCUGCAUGUGACACAGGCCCGGGCUGCCCACGCCGGACACUACAGCUGUGUGGCCGAGAACAUCGCUGGGAGGGCCGAGAGGAGGUUUGCUCUCUCUGUGCUGGGUGGCUGGAUGCUGAAGAUUACUCAGGUGCAGGAGCAAGACACGGGCCUUUACUCAUGCCUGGCAAGCAACGAGGCUGGGGAGGCGAGGAGGAACUUCAGCGUGGAGGUCUUGGUUCCUCCCAGCAUUGAGAAAGAGGACCAGGAGGAAGUGAUCAAGGUCCCAGAAGGGCAGACAGCCUACCUGACAUGCAAUGCCACAGGCCACCCACAGCCCAAGGUCAGAUGGUUCAAAGAUGGCCGAGCCCUAACCAGUGGAGACGCCCACCACAUCUCCCCAGAUGGAGCCAGCCUGCAAGUCCUCCAGGCCAACCUGUCCAGCGCUGGCCACUACUCCUGCAUCGCAGCCAACACUGCCGGGGAGAGAACCAAGCACCUGCAGCUUAGUGUCCAGGUCGUUCCCACCAUCCUGGGAGUGACCGAGGACAGCGCAGACGAGGAGGUGACCGUGACCAUCAACAACCCCAUCUCUCUGAUCUGUGAGACCCUGGCCUUCCCCGCCCCCACCAUCACCUGGAUGAAGGAUGGGUCCCCGUUUGAAGUUUCAAAGAACAUCCAGCUGCUCCCAGGUACCCACGGGCUGCAGAUCCUGAAUGCCCAGCAGGAAGAUGCAGGCCAGUACACCUGUGUGGUCACCAACGAGCUCGGGGAGGCAAUGAAAAAUUACCACGUGGAGGUCCUCAUCCCCCCUUCCAUCUCUAAAGACGACCCCUCGGGGGAGUUUGGCGUGAAGGAAGUGAAGACCAAGGUCAAUAGCACCUUGACCCUGGAGUGUGAGUGCUGGGCUGUGCCCCCACCUACCAUCAGCUGGUACAAGGACGGACAGCCUGUGACGCCCCACGAGCGACUGCAUGUCCUGGGCGAAGGCCGGCUGCUCCAGAUCCAGUCCACCCAGGUCUCCGAUUCAGGGCGAUACUUGUGCCUGGCCACCAACGUGGCUGGCGAGGACGACCAGCACUUCAACGUGCUCAUCCAGGUGCCUCCCAUGUUCCAGAAGGUGGGCGAUGCCAGUGCGGGCUUUGAGAUCCUGUCUCAGGAGGAGGAGGCCCGGGGCGGGGUGACGGAGUACCGGGAGAUUGUGGAGAACAACCCCGCCUACCUGAACUGCGACACCAAUGCUGUCCCACCCCCGGAGCUCACCUGGUACCGGGAAGACCAGCCCCUCUCGGCCUCUGACGGGGUGUCCGUGCUGCAAGGGGGCCGAGUGCUUCAGAUCCCCCUGGUGCGAGCGGAGGACGCUGGGAGGUACUCUUGCAAGGCCUCCAACGAGGUGGGCGAGGACUGGCUGCAUUAUGAACUGCUGGUGCUGACCCCACCUGUGAUCCUGGGCGACACAGAGGAGCUGGUGGAGGAGGUGACCGUGAAUGCCAGUAGCAGUGUCAGCCUGCAGUGCCCGGCCCUGGGCAACCCCAUGCCCACCAUCUCGUGGUUCCGGAACGGGCUGCCUCUCUCUCCAAGCUCGCGGCUGCAGGUCCUGGAGGACGGGCAGGUCUUGCAGGUUUCCACCGCAGAGGCGCCCGACGCCACCAGCUACAUGUGUGUGGCCGAGAACCAGGCGGGCUCCACAGAGAAGCUCUUUACGCUCAGGGUCCAAGUCCCACCCAGAAUCACAGGCCCGGCCUCAGAGGAGGUUACUGCCAUCCUGAAUAGCCGCGUCUCCCUCCCCUGUGAUGCCCACGCUCACCCGAGCCCCGAGGUCACGUGGUACAAGGACAGUCAGUCCCUGUCCCUGGGUGAAGCGGUAUUCCUUCGGCCUGGCACGCACACGCUGCAGCUGGCUCGAGCGCAGCUGUCGGACUCCGGGACUUACAUGUGCGAAGCCCUCAAUGCCGCCGGCCAAGACCAGAAGUUGGUGCAGCUUAGCGUGCUGGUCCCCCCCACCUUUAAGCAGCCUCCCAGUGGACCGCAGGACACAGUCCUGGUGCGGGCAGGGGACAAAGCUGUCCUGAACUGUGAGACGGACGCUCUCCCCGAGCCUACUGUGACCUGGUACAAAGACGGGCAGCCCCUGGUUGUGGCCCAGCGGGUCCAGCCUCUGCUGGGUGACCAGAGGCUGGAGAUCCCUGAUGCCCAGGUGUCCGAUAAAGGUGUCUACAGUUGUAAAGUCAGCAACGUGGCGGGGGAGGCCAUGCGGAGCUUCGUGCUCACUGUCCAGGCCAAGCCCCACGGCUCCUGCAUACGCCUGAGCUCUCGCCCCUUCGUCCUUUACAUGAUCGUACACACCAUCCGGUUGCCCACGACACUGAGUCUUGUGACAUCUGUGUCUGGUCCGUGGUGGUCCCCCGGGGCCACGGUGAAGGCCCAAUGUUCCCUUCUCCCCUCAGAGAGCAGUGUGGCCCAGGGCGUGGUCUCCCGGGGUGGCCGCCUGCAGUUGAGUCGCCUGCAGCCAGCCCAGGGCGGCACCUACACCUGUGUGGCCGAGAAUGCCGAGGCGGAGGCCCGCAAGGACUUCCUGGUGGCCGUGCUGGUGGCCCCUAGGAUCCGGAGCUCAGGAGCCACACAGGAGCACACCAUCCCGGAGGGACAGGAGGCAUACCUGGACUGCGAGGUGGAGGGACAGCCACCACCGGAUGUGGUCUGGCUGAAAGAUGGGAGCCCACUGGACCAGGGUCUGGGUCCCCACCUUCGCUUCUACCUGGAUGGCCAUUCCCUGGUGCUGAAGGGCCUUCGGGCCUCGGACUCUGGAGCCUAUACCUGCGUGGCCCGCAGCCCUGCCGGGGAGGAUGCCAGACUGCACACCGUGAACGUGCUGGUCCCUCCCACCAUUGAGCAGGGCGCAGGCAGCAUGGGGACCCUGGUGAGCAGACCCGGCGAGCUGGUGACCAUGGUGUGUCCAGUCCGGGGCUCCCCACCCAUCCAUGUGAGCUGGCUGAAGGACAGCCUGCCGCUCCCGCUGUCCCAGCACACACACCUCUACAACUCCGGCCGCACCCUCAGGAUUUCUCAGGUGCAGCUGGCAGAUUCGGGCGUCUUUACCUGUGUGGCCGCAAGCCCGGCUGGCGUGGCAGACAGGAACUUCACCUUGCACGUGCAUGUGCCCCCUGUCCUGGAGCCGGUGGAGUUCCAGAAAGACGUGGCCGUGCUCCGUGGCUCCUCGGUGCUCCUGCCCUGCGAGGCCCGCGGCAGCCCGCUGCCCCUCGUGUCCUGGAUGAAGGAUGGGGAGCCCUUGUUUCCCCAGAGCCUGGAGCAGGGGCCUGGCCUCCGGCUGGAGACGGUGGGCGCUGCGGACUCGGGGGCCUACUCCUGCCUGGCCGAGAGCAAAGUGGGCGAAGCCCAGAGGCACUUCCAGCUGACGGUGAUGGAUCCUCCCCACAUUGAGGAUGCAGACCACACUGCGGAGCUGCUGCUGACUCCUGGGGCCCCCUUAGAGCUGCUCUGUGAUGCCCGGGGAAGCCCCCCACCCAACGUCACCUGGCACAAGGACGGGCAGCCCCUGAGCCGGCCAGAGACCAGCAGCAGGGCCGGCAGAGUGCUCCGGGCUGAGGGAGUCCAGGUGGGGGAUUCGGGGCUGUACACGUGCCUGGCCAAGAGCCCUGCUGGUGAAGUUGAGAAGAGCUUCCGGGUCCGAGUGCGAGCCCCGCCCAGUAUUGUUGGACCCCGAGGUUCCCGCUUGGUGGUCGGCCUGGCCCCAGGGCAGCUGGUCCUGGAGUGCUCAGUGGAGGCAGAGCCAGCACCCGAGAUUGAGUGGCACCGAGAUGGCAUCCUGCUGCAGGCAGAUGCCCACACACAGUUCCCUGAGCAGGGCAGGUUCCUCCAGCUGCAGGCCCUGAGCAUGGCCGACGGUGGCAACUACAGCUGCACAGCUCGCAAUGCUGCGGGCAGCACCAGCGUGGCCUUCCGAGUGGACAUCUACACGACACCCACCAUCCGGCCGGGGCCCCCCACAGUGAAUACCUCCGUGAACCACACGGCCCUGCUGGCCUGCCAGGCCGACGGGGUCCCCCAGCCUCUCAUUAGCUGGCGGAAGGAUGGCGCCCCCUUGGAUCCUGAGAACCCAAGAUUGGAGCUCCUGCCCGACGGUUCCCUGAGGAUCCAGCCGGUCCUGGCCCAGGAUGCUGGCCACUACCUCUGCCUGGCAGCCAGCUCCGCAGGCUCCGACCGGCAAGGCCACCACCUCCAGGUCCUUGAGCCUCCAGCCAUUGCACCUGGCCCCUCAAACCUGACCCUGACCGCCCACACCCGAGCCUCCCUGCCCUGUGAGGCCAGUGGCUCCCCCAAGCCCCUCGUGGUCUGGUGGAAGGACGGACAGAAGCUGGACUUCCGCCUGCAGCAGGACACCUACCGGCUCCUGCCUUCCAAUGCCCUGCUCCUCGCAGACCCCAGCCCCCAGGACUCGGGCCAGUUUGAGUGUGCAGUGAGCAAUGAGGUGGGAGAGGCCCGCAGGCUCUACUGGGUGACCAUUCACAUGCCUCCCACCAUUGCUGACGACCAGACAGACUUCACGGUGACCAGGAUGGCACCCGUGGUCCUCACGUGCCACAGCACUGGCAUCCCAGCCCCUACGGUGUCCUGGAGCAAGGGAGGCGCCCAGCUGGGGCUGCGGGGGAGCGGCUAUCGUGUCUCCCCAGCAGGAGCCCUGGAAAUCGGGCAGGCCCUCCCUAUCCACGCUGGCCGCUACACCUGCACCGCCCGCAACUCCGCAGGUGUGGCCCACAAGCAGGUGGUCCUCACCGUGCAAGCCUCGCCCGUGGUGAAGCCGCUGCCCAGCGUGGUGCAGGUGGUGGAGGAGGACGAGGUGGUGCUGCCCUGUGAGGCCUCUGGCAUUCCCCAACCAAGCAUCACCUGGCGGAAGGAGGGGCUCAGUCUCCCUGCAGGAGCAAGAACCCAGGUCCUCCCCAGCGGAGAGCUGCGGAUUGUCCACGCCAGCAGAGAGGAUGCCGGGAACUAUUUCUGUGUUGCUCAGAACAGCGCUGGCAGUGCCAUGGGGAAAACUCGGCUGGUGGUGCAAGUGCCUCCCGUGAUCGAGACUGGCCUCCCCGACCUGUCCACCACUGAAGGCUCCCACGCCCUCUUGCCCUGCACGGCCAAGGGCAAUCCGGCGCCCGCCAUCACCUGGGAAAAGGACGGGCAGCCUGUGUCUGGAGCGGAGGGCAAGUUCUCCAUCCAGCCUUCCGGGGAGCUACUGGUGAAGGAUUCAGAGAGCCGAGACGCGGGCACCUACACCUGCACGGCCCAGAACGCUGCGGGCCGCGCCCGCCGCCGCGUGCACCUCACCAUCAUGGCAUUGCCCGUGUUCACCACCCUGCCCGGAGACCGCAGCCUGCGCCUGGGGGAGAGGCUAUGGCUCCGGUGUGCAGCCAGGGGCAGCCCCACGCCUCGGAUUGGCUGGACGGUCAAUGACCGGCCUGCCACAGAAGGGGUGUCGGAACAGGACGGGGGCAGCACGCUGCAGAGGGUGGCAGUCACCAGAGAGGACAGCGGGACCUACGUCUGCUGGGCAGAGAACAGAGUGGGCCGUGUGCAGGCCAUCAGCUUUGUCCACGUGAAAGAGGCUCCCAUCCUGCAAGGGAAGGCCUUCUCCUACCUGGUGGAACCCGUGGGAGGCAGCAUCCGGCUGGACUGUGUGGUCCAUGGAGACCCAGUGCCCAACAUCCGCUGGAACAAGGACGGUCUCCCGCUGUGGGGCAGCCUUCUCCGGCACCAGCUGCAGAACGGCUCCCUAGCCAUCCACAGGACCGAGAUGGACGAUGCCGGGCGGUACCAGUGCCUGGCGGAGAACGAGCUGGGUGCCGUGGAGAAGGUGGUGGUCCUCGUCCUGCAGAGUGCCCCAGUGUUCCAGGUGGAGCCCCAGGAUGUGACGGCGAGACCUGGCGAAGACGUGGUCCUGCGGUGCCAGGCCACUGGAGAGCCAGUGCCCACAGUGGAGUGGCUACAGGCGGGGCAGUCCUUGCGGGCCAGGCGGCGGCUCCGGACCCUGCCAGACGGGAGCCUGUGGUUGGAGAGCGUGGAGGCCAGGGAUGCUGGCAUAUACGAAUGUGUAGCGCACAACCUCCUGGGGUCUGCCAAAGCCCAGGUGUUCUUGGCUGUGAGAGUGGAGCCCCGGGGCAGCCGGGGCAGCCUGAUCGGGGUGAUCAAUGGCCAGGAGUUUGGCGAGGCCACCUUCAACACUAGCGUGCUACGGGAAGCACGUGCUGGGACCACGACCAUCCGGAGCAGCAUCAGCCACCUCCCUGCAAGUGUGGGGGCGCUGAUGCGCAUACUCAUCGUGGCCAUCUCUCCCGUCUACUGGACCCUGGCAGGAGAGAGUGGGGAGGCCCUGAAUGGCCACUCCCUGACAGGUGGCAGCUUCCAGCAGGAGUCGCACGUGGAGUUUGCUACAGGGGAGCUGCUCACCAUGACCCAGGUGGCUCAGGGUCUGGAUGACAAUGGCUUCCUCCUCCUGGACAUGAUGGUCAAUGGCAUCAUCCCCGAGAGCCUGGCCGUCGAAGACCUUCACAUGCAGGACUUCCAAGAACAGUAUGUGCAGACAGGGCCUGGCCAGCUGUUUGUGGGCUCCACGCCGCACUUCCUGCACGGUGGCCGCCCCACGUUCCUGCACUGCAACCGCAGUAUCCAGUACGACGCAGCGCGGGGGCCCCAGCCCCAGCUGGUGCAGCACCUGCGGGCCUCCGAUGUGAGCACGGCCUUUGACCCUGAGGCCGAGGCCCUGUACUUCCAGCUGACCACAGCCCUGCAAGCUGAGGAGAAUGAAGUGGGCUGCCCAGAGGGCUUUGAGCCGGACUUCCAGGGAGCAUUUUGUAUGGACAAGGACGAGUGCUCAGACGGCCCCAGCCCCUGCUCCCACUCCUGCCACAACGCACCGGGCCGCUUCUCCUGCUCCUGCCCACCCGGCUUCACCCUGGCUUGGGACAACAGGGACUGCAGAGAUGUGGACGAGUGUGCCUGGGAUACCCACCUCUGCCAGGAGGGCCAGCGCUGCGUGAACCUGCUUGGGUCCUACCACUGCCUCCCUUACUGCGGGACCGGCUUCCGGGUGGCUGCCAAUGGGGCUGACUGUGAAGAUGUGGAUGAAUGUCUCGAGCAAUUGGACGAGUGUCGCUACAACCAGAUCUGCGAGAACACUGCCGGCAGCCACCGCUGCAGCUGUCCCCGGGGAUACCGGAGCCAGGGCCCACGUCUGCCCUGCCUAGAUGUCAACGAGUGCCUGCUGCUGCCCAGCAUCUGCGCCUUCCAGUGCCACAACCUCCAGGGCAGCUACCGCUGCCUGUGCCCACCAGGCCAGGCCCUCCUCCGAGAUGGCAAGAGCUGCAGCCCACGGGAGCGUGGUGGGCAGAACGUGACCACUGUCAGCCUCCUCCGGGGGCCCUCUGUGCCCUGGCUGUGGUCCCGCACCCUCAUUCCCUCUGGCUCCUCCCAAACCUGGGUCUCCCUCCGGCCUGGUCCUAUCGCCCUGAACAGUGCGGGCCGGGCCUGGUGUCCGCCCGGCUUCAUCAGGCAGAAUGGCGUCUGCACAGACCUCGAUGAGUGCCAGGUGAGGAGCCUGUGCCAGCACGCCUGCCGGAACACUGAGGGCAGCUACCAGUGCCUCUGCCCGGCCGGCUACCGCCUCCUCCCCAGAGGGAAAAGCUGCCAGGACAUCAAUGAGUGCGAGGAGGAGGGCAUUGAGUGUGGGCCCAGCCAGAUGUGCUUCAACACCCGAGGCAGCUACCAGUGCGUGGACACACCGUGUCCUGCCACCUACCGGCAGGGCUCCAGCCCCGGGACCUGCUUCCGACGCUGCUCGCAGGACUGCAGCGCGGGCGGCCCGGCGACACUGCAGUACCGGCUGCUGCCGCUGCCCCUGGGCGUGCGCGCCCACCACGACGUGGCGCGCCUGGCCGCCUUCUCCGAGGCGGGCGUCCCGGUCAACCGCACGGAGCUCAGCGUGCUGGAGCCCGACCCGCGCAGCCCCUUCGCGCUGCGCCCGCUGCGCACCGGCCACGGCGCCGUCUACACCCGCCGCGCGCUCACCCGUGCCGGCCUCUACCGCCUCAAGGUGCGCGCCGCCGCGCCGCGCCACCAGAGCGUCUUCGUCCUGCUCAUCGCCGUGUCCCCCUACCCUUACUGAGGGGCCAGCCAGCCCGGCAUGGAUGGCGAACGAGCGCAGCCCUACCACCUAGGCCAGGCUGCGGACGGGGGCGGGGCGGCCCUGGCCUGGGGGUCGGGGUGGGCAAACGGAAACGUCAUCCCCCCACCCCGUGUGUGCGUCAGCGAGCCCUUCAGCAAACAGGACCCUGCCCGCAGCCUUGACCUCAGGACCCAGAGGACCAAGCCCCUGCCCCGCCGCCACACCUACUGGCUGGCCUGGCAGGUGUCAAAGGCUGCCCUUCGGUGACCGAAGCUAAAACCUGGCCCCUCUAGACCUGCCCCCACGCACCAGAGGGAGCUGGCUGGGACCUAACGCACCUGGGUCAGAACCCUGUCUACCAGGACAUCUGAGGGGUGGGCUAGACCGUGUGGGGGACGCCGCAGCUGUUGCCUGCCCACUACUGGCACUGUCACCCCAAAUCUCGUGUAUCAAAACUCUUGUUCCUA